CUAUUCGAACCCUCCAGACCUCGACAAUGCUAAAAUGAGCGAAUCCCGACAGCUCUUGCAUGAGCAAAACUCCGACAGCGAGGACGACCUCGCGCCGAGCCCUCGCGCAGGGCCCAGACACCUGUCACCUUCUCCCACGUCCUCACGAGCACAUUCGACAUCCCCUGCAUACCCCGACACGCGUCCAAAUGGCAACGGCUUCAAGCGCCAGUCGUCCUUUGCGCACGUGAGGCCAGAUGGCACGCCAAGGACACCCAACCGGGUCAGGUUCGACGAAGACCCGGUGCGCCGGAGUAUGAACGGUGGCACCCAGAAUCGCGAGUGGAUCGAGCUCGAGGGCGAGGACUACAUGGAAGGGCAGGGAGGCGAUGGGCGAGAGCGAGUGCAGCGCCUGCCUCUGCUUACCGGCAUCGAGGCGCCGAGUGUCACCGUCGCCUCCGACUUCGAUCCCGAGGACCAUCUCGAGAGCGCGAAACCGCGGAGUGGUAUGCGCAAUUCGUUCAUGAACAUGGCGAACAGCAUCAUCGGCGCCGGUAUCAUCGGGCAACCUUAUGCUUUCAAAAACGCGGGCCUACUCUCAGGCACUAUCCUGCUCAUCGCCCUCACCGUUGUCGUCGACUGGACUAUCCGACUGAUCGUCAUCAAUUCAAAACUCAGCGGGACAGACUCAUUCCAGGCGACAGUUCAACACUGCUUUGGAAAGUCCGGCCUGGUUGCCAUUUCGCUGGCGCAAUGGCUCUUUGCUUUCGGUGGUAUGAUGGCAUUUUGCGUCAUCGUUGGAGACACCAUCCCCCAGGUCAUGGACCACCUGUUUCCCGCUCUCGAAGACAUGCCAUUUCUGUGGCUACUCACCAAUAGAAGAGCCGUCAUGGUCCUGCUUAUCUUGGGCAUUUCGUUUCCACUGUCUCUCUACCGCGACAUUGCAAAGCUUGCCAAAGCCAGCGGUUUCGCCCUGGUCAGCAUGAUCGUCAUCAUUAUCACUGUUGUCACGCAAUCCUUCCGCGUUCCCGCCGAAUCCAAAGGCCAGCUACGCGGCUCCCUCAUAGUCAACGACGGCAUCUUCGAAGCCAUCGGCGUCAUCUCCUUCGCCUUCGUCUGCCACCACAACUCGCUCCUGAUCUACGGCUCGCUGCGCAAACCCACCAUCGACCGCUUCUCACGCGUGACCCACUACAGCACCGGCAUCUCGCUGCUCGCAUGCCUCAUCGUGGCACUCUGCGGCUACCUCACCUUCGGCGACAAGACGCUCGGCAACGUGCUCAACAACUUCCCGCAGGACAAUCUGAUGGUCAACAUCGCGCGCCUGUUCUUCGGGCUCAACAUGCUGACCACGCUGCCGCUCGAGGCCUUCGUGUGCCGCGAGGUCAUGAACGAGUACUACUUCCCCGACGAGCCGUACCACCCCAACCGCCACGUCGUGUUCACGAGCUCGCUGGUGCUGUCCGCGCUCGUGCUGUCGCUGCUGACCUGCGACCUCGGCGUGGUGUUUGAGUUGUUCGGCGCCACGAGCGCGUGUGCGCUGGCGUUUAUCCUGCCUCCGCUGUGCUUCAUCAAGCUCACCAAGAAGCGCGAUGCGCAGACGUAUCUUGCGAUGGGCGUUGUGGCGUUUGGCUGCACGGUGCUGGUUAUCAGCGUGAUUAAGACGACGGCGAAGCUGGCGUUUGGGCAGGGCGAGACGGUCAAGUGUAGUUGAUGAUGGGCUGGAUUAAAAACAUGCAUGGGGGCGUUUGGGGUU